CAACAUAGUGCAAUUAGACCGCCAUCGCUGCGCGUGAAGACUCCACGCUAAUCUCGUGUACUUUUAAUCUCCGUAUCAGCCUUACCCAGCGUCGCUCGUUUGCCGUCUCUUGUCAUCAACUCUUCAGUGUUGAUUUGGCGACCGAAAAAUCGUUGAAAGAUGAAGCUGGUCAGGUUUCUUAUGAAGCUGAACAACGAGACGGUGUCGAUAGAGCUGAAGAACGGCACGAUUGUACAUGGAACUAUUCUUGGAGUGGACAUCAGCAUGAACACCCACCUUAAAACAGUCAAGCUUACAGUCAAGGGAAAAAAUCCAGUAGCGUUGGACCAUUUAAGUGUACGGGGACACACAAUUCGGUAUUUCAUCCUGCCCGACAGCUUGAAUCUCGACACGCUAUUGGUGGAUGACGCACCCCGACGAAAGGCAAAGAAACAACCAGCAGGUCGGGGGGGGGCUCUGGGAAGAGGCAGGGGCCGAGGAAGGGGCAGGGGUCGUGGCCGUGGCCGUGGCUGACCACCAUUUUGCAGGGCUGUCCUUAUCAUGCUUCAGGCAGGAUGGACGCCAAAAUUAACACGCAUGCUAGUUCUUUCAUGAACAUAACACGCUGUAACGUACAAUGUUGAAUUCCCUAGGGCAAGUGCAUUUCUCAAAAUC